AUGAACUUUUUAUUAAGACCAGUCGGAUCAGAAUCUACAGAUCCUGUCAUAACAAUAAAUCCCAUUCAUGGCUUCACUAUUAAGUCUAGAUUAGCAUCAUGUGUUUCCAAUACUCUAAUCGUUGAUACAAAAAUAUUCAUCAAUGUGUGUCACAACGAGCAAGUCCCUCGACCGGAGGUUGACUUUAACCCAAGUAUUGUUUAUCCACUAAUUAUGACGAAUCAGUGGGAGAUACCGAUCAUUACAUCGUCAGUGCGUGAGGAUGUGGACAAAAAAGGUGUUCUUUGCUAUGUGUGGGAUUGUUGCAUCAACACUACCUGUAUGGGCUGGAUAACUAAGGACUUGCAACUCCGAGAGAUCCUUAUAGAAUGGUGUAUUGAAUCAUGCGAACUUAGACAGUCGGUUGAGAUCUGUCGUGAUCAUCUAAGCUUUCCCAAAUUGAAAAAGAAGGGAGAUAAAAUACCGCCCUUGGACAUAUUAACCAAUGAUCUCACACAUAACUACAGAGAGGAGGUCGAUUCUAUCGUACAAGAGGGGACUAAAGAUCCUACAAGCAUACUGGCGAUGAAAAGAGAUUUGCUAAGUGCUGAAGAAUCUAUGAUAAGUGAUUCAGGCACUCUACCUCCACUUUUCCCACGCGAUCAGAAGACAAACAAAAGACCUAUCAUAGAGGAAAUCGAAAAUUUAACUAUUAGCUCGGACCCAAAUACAGUACAGGCCAAUAAGGCUCUAAAAAAAGCUCAGCAAAAAGAGCUUACAUUUGAUGUCGUGAUGGGCAAGAUAUCCAAUAACGUGGAUUACAUACUCAAAGUCGAAGUUACCUCGGAAUUGUCCUGCCUUGAUGAAUAUGACGUACAAUACAAUAAGAUGAAUAACGAAUUGUUAAUACAAAAUCGAAAUUUGACAAACUAUAAGGAAAAAAAAUUGGCUAUAGCUCUCCCAAAUGUUUUCAAGACUCAAGAGCCAAGGCUUAAAAUAUCAUUCAUUAAUAUGGAUAGGAAACUAAUUGUAUAUCUAUAA